AUGAUCGCCCACUCCCAUGAGAAACCAGAGAAGCCUUACCCCUGUCCAGACUGUGGGAAGAGAUUCUCCAGCAAGAGUUACAUCAAGAUUCACAGGAAGAUCCACAGUGGGAAGAUUUCUUACCACUGCGCCCAGUGUGAUAAGACUUUCCUGUCAGCGGAGGGGCUCAAGAAGCACGAGAGCGCUCACCGAGGAGAGAGGCCGUACCGAUGCCCUGCGUGUGGCAAGUGUUUCAAACAGCAAUCCCAGCUGACCUGUCACUUCAAGAUCCACACCGGAGAGAGGAGCCAUCUCUGCUUCCUGUGUGGGAAGAGUUUGAUGAGUUUGACCUCCGGGUGCAUCUCAGAGUCCACUCUGAGAGAAGCCCUACCAGUGCCACAGUGUGGCAAGAGCCUGGAUCCUGGUGACCAAUCCAGCCCCAAAGCUAUAGAGGCCCGGGGUCCUGAUACAAGCCAUGGCAGCAAGGCGUCCAGUCAAACGCCUCGGUUGAAGGCCAGAGCUGAAGAAGAGGAGGAGGAAGAGGAGGAAGAGGAAGAAGAGGUUGAACGUUGA